AUGUGUGUUUGUGAGAGAAUUCGGGGGCUUAUUCGUAAUGCACAAAAACGAAAAAGCGAUGAAUCGCUUUCAAUGUGCGGUUCGUUAAACGAAGAUGGCGGUAGGGAAUCUGUACUUAGCGAUGGCCAAACCGGAGCAAACGGUAAUAAAAGGAAGGUGCCGAAAGUGUUCUCGAAAGAUGCAGUAACUAAGUUCAGGGCUUGGCUCUUCCAGAAUUUGACGAAUCUCUGCACAGAUACUGUAAAUGCUUCAACAGCGCUACUUUUACCAAUGUUGUUGUCAAGUUUAAGCCUAACAGAUGAUUAUGGCGGAAAGCAGUGUUUGAAAGGAAUCACUAUUAUUACAUAUUAUAAUUAUUAUUGUUAUUAUUAUUUUAUUAUUAAUACUAUUGUUGGUGUUGUUUUUGACGUUGAAGUUGAUGACGUGGUUAAGUAA